CGGGGGCCCAGCCGGAGGGGAGCGGUCGCGGCAGGCGGGCCCGGAGCGCUGCGGGGGCGGAGGCGGAGGAGAGGCAGUGGAGCGGCCUUGGCCACGGGCCGGACGGCGCAGUCGGCCGGGAGAUGCAGCGGGACAGCUCCGUGCGUUUCAGGGGAUGUUUUAAAGCCGUUCACACACGCCCCUGCUCGUGCUGCUGAAGUAGCGGCGGUACCUGCUGCGGCAGCCGCCGCGGAGCUGAUGUCGCACAGUCCCGAGCCGGGCGUUGCUUGACGGGUAGUCAACUGUUGACAGAGGUAAAGCUCUUGAAAAACAGCCUUUUUUCCUCCUUUCUCCCCUCCCGCCCCCCGAGAACAUGGCCGAUCCGGGUUAAGGUGGAUUUGUUUGCUGGAGCUGGUGAAAUCGGAUGCUUUAGCUUCUUUUGUCCUUUUUCCUCGACGAGAAUGGCAAGGAUUCGGAUUCCUAGCACAGUCAUUAUACUUUUUGUUGCGGUUCAGACUGGAUUCUUACUCUUCAUGUAUGCCCGGUACAGCAGCUUCAUGCCGCAGCCUGAGGAGAAACCAUCUCAAGUCCACAUCCUCAUUCUCUCCUCCUGGCGGUCAGGAUCUUCUUUUGUCGGUCAACUUUUCAGCCAGCACCCCAGUGUCUUCUACCUGAUGGAGCCUGCGUGGCACGUGUGGGUUACCAUGUACCAGAACAGUGCCAAGGUCUUGCACAUGGCGGUGCGGGACCUAGUCCGGUCGGUGUUUCUGUGUGACAUGUCUGUGUUUGAUGCUUACAUGCCUUGGAAAAGAAACUUAUCAGAUCUUUUCCAGUGGGCGGUGAGUCGGGCGCUGUGUUCAGCUCCUGCUUGUGACUCCUUUCAACGUACUGACAUAACCAGUGAAAUGGCAUGCAAGACUCUUUGCGGACGGUACCCAUUUAGCAAGGUGGAGGAAGCCUGUAAAACUUACAGCCAUGUCGUCAUCAAGGAGGUUCGGUUCUUUGAUCUGAAGGUCCUCUACCCACUUCUCACUGAUCCAUCCCUGAAUCUCAAAAUUAUUCACUUGGUCCGUGACCCCAGGGCAGUCGUCAAGUCACGGGAACAAUCGGUCAAAGCAUUAGCCCGUGACAAUGGGAUUGUUCUGAGUACCAAUGGCACUAAAGUGGAAGACAGCAAGUACAAAGUAAUGCAAGAGAUUUGUAGAAGUCAUGUUCAGAUUUAUGAAACAGCUACCCUAAAACCACCUGGUUUCCUUAAAGAUCGCUACUUAAUGAUCCGUUUUGAAGAUCUGGUCAGAGAUCCAUUAUCAGAAAUCUCAGAAAUGUAUAAGUUUGCAGAUCUUAGUUUGACCCCCACGCUCAAAAGCUGGAUCUAUAACAUCACACAUGGACAGGGACCAGGAAAAAAAAAAGAAGCCUUCAAAAUCACAUCUCGAGAUGCGGUUAGUGUUUCACAGGCCUGGAGAAAUAUUCUUUCCUUCCAAAAAAUUAAGAAAAUACAGGAAGUUUGUAAAGGUGCUAUAAACAUGCUUGGCUAUCAGCUGGUGGAUUCAGAAAAAGAACAAAGAGAUCUGUCAUUGGAUUUAGUGUUGCCAAGACGACAAAAUCAAUUCAGUUGGUCAUCAUUUAAUCCAAAGCACUGAGACAUUAUUUUUGAGAGAUCUAGGAUUGGGGGAGAGGGUGCAGAUGGUUGAGUAUUUGUCUACUGUGCAACAUAUGGGUAACUUGAAAAUACUUGGCUGGUGAGUUUCACUAUCUUUGUUGGUUUUCUGUAAUGGAAGGAGUUGUUGUUGGUUUUUUUUUUGUUUUAAUCCAGAGUAUCCUAUACCGCAAAAAGAAACAAACAAAAAGCAUGAGAAAUGCCACAAGAUAGUUGUCAGGUUGCAAAUUUACAGCUGAUCUGUGCUGUUCUCAGCAUUGUUUUAAAAACGUAAUUUAAGAACUUUCUAUUAAAAAAUGAAUUGUCAAAUAUGUGUUCGUUCAUUGAUAAUAGCUUCUGUUUUCAUGCUUUAAAUGUUUAACAAUUUCAAUCCUUUCUUAAUAUAAAUGCAGCAAAGUAGAAACUUUCUUCCACAAUUGCUUGACUGUCUUCUUUUGAUUUCAAGUUGUUAUGCAGUUUUGUAUUUUUUUUAGACUUCUCUUGAUGUUUAAAAUUUUAAUAUAAAAGUUCUCCAGAAGCUGGGGCAACUGCAGCAGUUUUGUUGUAAAAGGCUUUAGCAGGAGCUUCAUUUAUUGAUAGAUUUCUUAGUGCUUUCCCUGGAAUGGCAAAGUUUGCAAUCAGAUACUUGAAUGCGGUGUCGGCACGGAGUGCAAAAAGUGAAAGAGAUGAAGAAACAUUGAGUGGAGUCAAUGUGGAAGUGGCUUCUUAAUGCCACCCCAAUCGUGCGUUCUGAUGCUGCAACACAGACUAGGCACGUGCUGGCUCCUGCAGCAUGAUUCGUACCUCUCUCUUCAGAACUACAAGUUGUUAAUGAAGAUCACUAAGAAAUUCAGAGUGCCUUGGAAAUCUGCAUAGUGAUUAUACUGCUGUAUGGAAGUGAUCAAUUCAAACAACUUUGAUUUCAGAUAUUGACACUUGUGUAUGGGGUUCCUGUCUGGUUUUGUUUGUUUGUUUAAUACAGCAUGUCCCAGGAUGGACAGUAGUUUGUUUGAUUCCAGGUAAUCCUGUUAGGCCUAACUGAAGAAUAUAAGUAGGUGAUUGCUUGGGACUCAAAGGGCUUAGCUUUCUUUAUCUUUCCUAUGUUGAAUGAGAAAGUGGAUAGGCUGCGUGCUCCUCCUUUCUCUGUUACAUGUUUUUUCAUGCUGAGUAAGACAAACAGACACUUCUAACAUUGCAGUGUCUGUGUGUGCUGCAGUUUCCCUGAAGAAUACCACCUGCCAAAGGCUCCAGACAGCCAGGUGACUGAGCAGUUAAGUAGCUUGGACUAGAAGUGCUCGCAAUGUGGUUAGUAGGCUAAAAACAUGCCUAGUUUACAUCAUAAAUAUUUCCCUGUCUGUAGUGUUUUGCUCUUGUUCUAGACACUCUGUAUAGCGUGCUCUGGACGGCCUGGAUAACACGAGUGCUUGUUGGUACUGCAGAUGAAUUAGUGCUCACAGUGUGGCAGGUAGGUGCAGUCGAACUGCAGCUUAGUACAAUUCCAUGUAUCACUUCUUGCAUAUGGUCACAUCUGAACGGUGUCUAAAACCAAGCUUAUAAACAGCAACUGUAAAGUG